GGCUAGCCUAUCUUGGAAUUAUCUAUCCAUCUGUCUAUCUAUCUAUCUAUCUCUCUAUCGGCCUCUCCUCUCAUUACAUUACAUUACAUACAUCACGUUCACGUACUUUUUAUCAAGUUCGUUCCCGGAGGCAAUUAAGGCAGGUCUAAGCUAGCUUGUCGUUUCUUUAUUUAUUUUCCGACGCCGAGACCGGAGCAGUGAUGUCGGGCGGCGGAUGCGGAAUGGACGGUACCAAUAGACUCCCUUCGCCAUUGGCCUCCCAUGACGACGUCGUCAAGGACUCCACUCUUUUCUGGGAAACUCUGAAGGGCUUUCACGGUGUCAUGGGGACCAAGUGUAUGGUCCCUAUCAUUGGAGGGAAAGAGCUUAAUUUACACGUUCUAUACGUGGAGGUUACCAGAAGAGGCGGCUACAAUCAGGUGGUGUCGGAGAAGAAGUGGAGAGAGGUGAGCGGAGUAUUCGAGUUUUCCCCGACGACGACAAGCGCUUCAUACGCACUGAGGAAACACUACUUCAGCUUGCUGUUUCGAUACGAGCAGCUUUAUUUUUUCAGGCUUGAGCUUGAGCUUGAGGAGGGCUUAUUGGUUGAUGAUCAUCAUCAUACACCAGCUGGACCAGGCCAGCAGCAGCAGUAUUAUUCUGCUACCGGAACCAUUGAUGGGAAAUUCGAGUGUGGUUAUUUGGUGUCCAUGAAACUGGGAUCCGAGGUUCUCAACGGGGUUCUUUACCACCAAAGUCCCAGCACCUCAUCAUCACUCUGCACUGCUAUUGUACCGUACGUCGUUCCUCCUCAAACCCCCCGGACUCGGAGGAGGAGAAAGAAGAAAGGCAGUGGCGGCGACCCCUUUCGCCCAAAGCCCAACAGGAGUGGAUACAACUUUUUCUUUGCUGAAAAGCACUCCAUGCUCAAGUCUCUCUACCCAAGCCGAGAGAGGGAGUUCACAAAAAUGAUUGGAGAGUCUUGGAACAAUCUCAGCGCUGAAGAAAGAGUAGUCUAUCAGAACUAUGGAUUGAAAGACAAGGAGAGAUACCAGAGGGAAUUGAAGGAGUACAGAGACAAGAAGAAGAAGAUGAUGAUGAUGGCUCCUUGAUUGCCUGCAUUGCUAGUGAUCGAGCCAGCCAGCGACACAAGCUAAGAUCGAUAUCAUCAACUUGUAAAUUCUCGACUCUUGAAACUUGAAACAAUAUUGAACAUGUAAUGUACUUCUUUUUUUCAUUCCUGUUCGCAUCAGAUUAAGAUAAUCAAAACCAAUCUUAUCUAAAUAACAA